CCUUUGCAUUUGCACGAACAUUUUUACAACGAAACCUCUUGCAUAAUUAAUAAAUUAUUUGUCCGACAGAUACAAAAAUAAAAAUAAUCAGCCCCAAGGUGUUUCUUAGUGGAGGCCAAGAGCAACGAUUAGCAGAAGACGAUCAUUUCUAUUUCAGUUUCUGCAAAUUGGAGAAGUGACAAUAAGCAAAAUCCACUUUGUUCUUUUUUUUUACAUUUACUUAAUGGCAAAAUCGGAAAACGACAAAAAUUCACCAGAGAAACAAACGUGGAGCACAAUGGAGGAGCUCCUCCUCGCCUGCGCCGUUCACCGUCACGGUACUGAUUCAUGGGACUCCGUCGCUUCUGAAAUCCAUAAGCAGAACCCCACUGUUCGUACACUCACCGCCAUCGACUGUCGUCACAAGUACAACGAUCUCAAGCGCCGAUUCUCCCGUAACCUGGUCUCGCCGGGAUCUGCAGAAGGAGAAGAAGAUACUCUCGCCGCCGAGAUCUCGUCCGUUCCUUGGCUUGAGGAGCUGAGAAAGCUCCGUGUCGAUGAACUCCGACGAGAAGUCGAACGUUACGAUCUAUCCAUCUCGUCCUUGCAGUUGAAGGUAAAGAGAUUGGAAGAUGAGAGAGAGAAGAGCUUGAAAACCGAGAAUUCAGAUCUAGAUAAAAUCGCGGAGACGAAAGAGAACCACAGUGAAUCGGGAAACAACUCCGGCGUACCGGUCGCCGAGCCGACAAAUUCUCCAGAUCCGAAUGAUAAUAGUCCCGGAACCGGAUCUGAGAAGACGAAUAAAGAUGUUAAAAUCGCUGAACCAGUGGACGAAGAACCGAACCGGAUCGACGAGAAGCCGGUCAGAGAGGAUUCGGGUAGAGGAAGUUGCGAGAGCGUGGCCAAGGAAUCGGAUAGAGCAGAACCAGAAAGAGAGGGAAAUGACUCGCCCGAGUUCGUUGAGUCAAUGGACGAGUCGAAAGGAGAGGAAGAUAGGAAAGAAACGAGUGAUGGGCAGAGCUCGGCGAGCUUACCGAGAAAGGAGACGGUAGACCAGCACCAACCGGGUAACGAGGAUCAAUCUCUGACCGUCAAUAAGAUCCCCGCUGAAUCUCAGCCGUUGAUUGAUUUCAUCGAGAUUCUUCAGUCUCACCCCAUUGGCUCUCACUUUUCGCGCCGGCUCCAAAGCCAGGAAACAUCCGAGUACGACAGGAUAAUAAGGCAGCACAUAGACUUUGAGAUGAUUCGAAGUCGUGUGGAAGAAGGUUACUACAAAACCUCCAGGAGCAAGUUCUUUCGGGAUUUACUGCUACUAGUCAACAAUGUGAGAGUUUUCUAUGGCGAGCCAUCUUCUGAGUUUAAUGUCACAAAGCAGCUUUACCAGCUUAUCAAGAAACAGAUGAGUCUCAAAAUUCCUAAACAAACCUUACCAACACCAAAAGAGGAAUCCUUGGUGACGUCUAAGGAGGAAGUCACAGUCUCUUCUCUAAAACCAACACUUUCAGUGCCUAUUAUAGCUUGUCGGAAACGUAGUUCCUUGGCUGUUAGAUCUUCAGCGUCUGUCACUGAAACUUUGAAGAAAAAGACUAAAGUAGUUCCAACAGUCGAUGAGAAGCCAGUUUCAGAAGAGGAGGAAGAUGGAACCUCUGAUAAAGAUGAGAAACCUAUUGUUUCUAAGAAGAUGACUAGAGGAGGAGCACCCUCAACAGCUAAAAAUGUAGGGAGCACAAACGUUAAGACCAGUUUGAAUGCUGGUAUCUCUAGUAAAGGCCGGUCUUCAAACGAUAGCUCUGUGCCAAAGAAAAGUGUUCAAGAAAAGAAGGGUAACAACGCUAGUGGUGGCUCAAAAAAGCAAAGUGCUGCUAGUUUUCUUAAGAGAAUGAAAGGGGUUUCAUCAUCUGAAACCGUAGUAGAUACAGUGAAGGCUGAUUCCUCUAAUGGAAAGAGAGGAGCUGAACAGAGGAAAAGUAAUAGUAAGAAUGACAAAGUGGAUGCAGUAAAACCGCCUGCUGGUCAGAAACGAUUAACUGGGAAAAAGCCAACAAUUGAAAAGGGUAGUCCUGCAAAGAAAAACACUGGUGCCGCCUCUAAAAGAGGCACUGCUCCUCUAAUGACAAAGCGGGACAGUGAAACUAGUGAAAAGGAAACAGGUUCUUCUACUCGUCCGAAGAAACGUUCAAAGAGGUGAUGAGUUAUUGCAAUACUUAACUAUCUUCUAUAGGAUCAAGAAUCUUCUAAGAAGUGUACAAGGCAGUCAUUUAGAAAAGAGUAUUGGAAUUGUUUAUAGUACACUUCUCUAAUUCCAGAUAGCAGCAAAAUAUGAGUUUAGUAGAUUGUAUAAAGAGCCAGAGGAUCUCAAACAAGGUUAUAAGAUUGUUCCAAUGUAGAAUCUUGUCAUGCAUCUGUCAUCUUCAGCAUCCUACUGCAUUGGAGAUUAUGCGUCAACGAUAGCCUUUCCCUUAUCAACUUUUCUGAUGAUAGGAAUCCCAGUGCUAGUUUUGCCAACCUAACAGAGGUUUUAUUGAGAAAUUGUGUCAGUGAAAGGGCUUAGCAUCACAAGGAAAAUUUGUUGGAGCUGUUUUCAAGGUACCUCCUUAAGUUGCUUCUUGUUUCGAGUUGUACUGGUUUCGUGCAAGAGAGUUUCGCCUGGUUUAAGAAGGCGUUUCCAUACUGGUAAUCCAGGAUCGCUCUUUGGCCAUUGCAUAUCCUCUGCCGGAACCUGCAAAGAGUUUGAGAUUAGUGGUUUCAGCUUCUGAAAAAAGGAGGACGAAUAUAAAACUUGAAGAAGAGAUAUAACAAUUUGAUUUUACAUGUCUGAGAUCAAUCCAGUUGCACGGGUCCUCAUAAUCCUUGUUGCUGAAAGCACUCACCAGGUGGUGAGUUUCCUGUAGAUUCGAAACUAUAUUUCUUAGAAGGGCUGAGAUCUGACCUGAUGAACAACACACAAGUAAACAUGAAGUGACUUACCGUUUUUGCGUCAUACUCUGUGAUGAGGAAUUCAAUGUACUCGUCUUCGUCAGGCAUUUGUAUAUUGACGUGUCUUCCAACAAGUGACCCAGGAGAAACCUGGCCCCAGCUUAGGACAGGAGCUAAAACCCUGUCUCGCUAAGCAAUCA